AUGACACAGUUUACUGCCCGUGCCGUCCAAACGGUCAAAAAGUGGUUGAAGGUGAAGUGUAGUGAAAUGAAGCAAAACUGCAAAAAUCUCUACUCCAAGGCGUUCGUGUUGGAUCCCGAUGGGGAUCAUUUUUCAGUGGUUAAGAAAAUGGAACAAUUUUGUGGUUUCCAUGCAAAAAUUGAAACGACAAAAGGCGCUAUUUGUUGGGCUUUGCUCCGCCUUAUCAUACUUGCCAGAUUUUCUCACAUGAUUGGAAAAUUCAUUCUGACGUUCAUCGAGGAAGAUGACUUUGAGUACAAAUUCCUAGUUCACACUGUCACGUACAUGAUGUUCUACAAUUACACCCAAGUCAUUUUGCUACGAUUCUCCUACCAAGACCUGAGUUCUAUUCGAAAGUUUUUCAACGCUCGCAAAUAUCUCAAAACUGAUCCCGAAGCUCAUCGAAUUCGUUCGGCAGCGUACCGGAAAACGAAUUGGGCUAUACUUGGACCGCUGCCAAUGUGGACAUUUUUGUGGAUUUCCAUGGUGUUGACUGGGGUCUACAAAUGGCGAGUGCUCAACAUUGAACCCAAAACGUUAGCGUCCUACCCUAUCCUGCAGGCAAUCAUCAUGUAUGGUUAUCCGGUGCAAAAUUUAAUUAUUGCUGGAUGGUACCAGCUACCGGCUGUACUUAUUAAUUCGGUACUGCUCGGAUUCAUAACAGAGCUUAAGAUACUCACAGAUUCUUGUGAUAAGAUUAUAGAUAAUGCUGAAAUCGCAGUCGAAAAAGAACGUUUGGAAUCAGAAUCAACAGAUGCUGAUGCUUUAUUUUGGAAGCAUUUCAAAAUCGAGCUGGACGCUCGUGUCAAAGCUCAUAUCACCGUUCUAGCAAACCUAAUCAACCUUAGACAAAUCUUGAAGCCAUGCUUGCUCUUGUACUACUACACGUUGCUGAUGGUUAACGCUUUCAUCAUUUGUUCCGUCAAAAAUGGGUACUUCAAGGACUUUGCCUCAUCGGCCAUCAUAAUGGCCGUUUACUUUAAUGUCGAUUUUUUCAUCAUUUGCUACAACAUGUCACAAGUGGACGAUCUGUGCUCCAAAGCCGGCAAACGCAUCUACAACCUGCCGUGGCCGUACAAGUUGACCAAGACGGAACGAUUUGUGCGCGAAUAUCGCAGCAUCCGAAGCACCAUGAUGGUGAUGAUGAUGCGUGCCCAGGCUGGGAUGGCAUUCAGCUGUGGCGGUUUCUUCGAAAUGUCAAUGGGAAAAUUCGCCGAACUAAUGGAUCUGACGUACACGAUGGUGAUGUUUGUGUUGCAUUUACAGGAAUAAGAGGUAAUCUUCAAUUAAUCAUCACCGUAUUCAACAUGAGAAAAAAAAUUAACUUAGCAUGUCCGUUAAUCUAAGACAUUAUAUCGAUUUCCUUGAGGGCAACCAUCGAUGGACACCCCAGCUCUUUAGCAAAUCUCAUCCUAAUCGUCCAAGUGGCAACAUAAUUUCCAGCCAUUCUUAUCGCUUAUCACUUUAUCUGGCGCGAUUAUCUCCGAUCAGCAAAGUGGCAAACUCAACUGGUAACGUUUACAGGCACCAGCAGCAGCAGCCGCCGCAAUUCCAGAACCAACACAUAAUUUACAUUUCCCCACUUAUCCCCUCCCCCUCAACAAACCAACAAAACCAGAACCCACUUGGCCAGAGGAAAAUCCUGCGGAAAGCUCGCCCAAGACGAGAGGGGUCGGCAAACGCGAAUUUGCUAUGCCAUAAUUAUGAAUAAUGAAUUGGCAAUUUGUAGCACCAGCCCGCCCCUAAACUGCUCCAAUAAGGACCACCAUACGAAAAGUGUCCGAAACUCGUAGAACUGCCGUACGCAAUAUGGCUCCACAAGUGGCCGUCGAAUCUUGCCUUCGAGAGAGGAGAUUGGGUUCUUCAUGACCCGGCGGCAGCAGCAUGAUUAGGCAAAGUGUGUUUUUUGGUUUCGGGGUUUUCGGUUUUCGAUCGAUUGUUGAUGUGUUGAUUAGCCUGGGGUGGCAGCUGGCAGAAUGAGCAGACACAUUUUUGCUUCAGGGUUCACUUGAUAAACAUUGAAAUUGAUAGGAUUUGAAUCUGGAUGGCUUAAAAAAAUAUUUUAUUUAAAUGAGAUUGAAUUCAAAAUCAUCAAGUACUGUGCGUGAUUAGAAUUGAUUCUAAAGUAUGGUUCAAAAUCAUAAAUUAAAAGUUCAAAACAAUGGAAUUCAUUUGUCAGGAAUGAAAUGAUGGUCAGUUCUAUAAAUUAGAUAAAUAACUUUGAAAAAUCCGUCAAAAUAACUGGGUCAUUCUCCGCCAACCAAGACAGCAGUUUCCCCAACCCCCUCCUAUUUGCGCAAAACUAUAUUCCAAGUGGUAAUUUUGGUUCCUAAUUUCAAUCAGAUUUAGCUGUCUCGGACGUAAAUGAUUGACUUUUAAGGAAACUAUUAUAAAAUUUCUAAAAGCUAGCCUGACAUUUGAAAAGGUCGAAUGAAAACUUAAAAUGCUAUUCUGAAGGUCUUGGGACCAAAGAACUGGCGUAUAAAAAUAUUUUUAUUGGAUUUC